GACACGCGGGGACGUUGCGAGACAGACACACGCGACCCUUGCGCGCACACAGCCACACGCGUGCACACACAGACACGCACGGAGACAAUGAGACGUACACACUGACACUUUGACACACACACACACACACGCGUACAUGCGCACGUGGAGAAUAUUCACGCCCGAUCACACACAGGCACACAAAGUCGGAGGUCCCCCGUAAAGUCUUAACAGGCUGAUGGGGCAAGUGCACGGCCCACGAGGGGGUGGGUGGCCAGCACCACGCCCGGCCGCCUUUGUCCCCUCGUAGCGAUGUUUACACACCGCACCAGGCACUAAUUUGAGGCUGAGUCGAACUAGGAGAGGCCAAGGACCGAUUCAGAUAAUCGUCACUGGUGUUGGUGGCCGUGAGCGGGAAUCGAACUCUGGUCGCCGGGUUCGUAGCUCAGCGCGCUAACCACUGCGCCACCGCUCCCCAUACAGAUACGCACAUAUACACACACAGACACGCACACACAGAGACACACGUACAAGACACGCACACGUGUGAAAACAUACACAGACACGCACAGAAGACGCACACAUGCAAACGCACAACGACAAAGACACAACCACGGGCACACAGACACACACACACAGAAGCACGUGUACACACAGACACACGCACGGACGAGCACAGACCCCCGCGCACGCUCGCGCGCGGGUCUCCUCUCCACGUGACGCACGCGCGUGCUCGUGCGCGCGUGCUCGUGCGCGCGCUCCCGCCCUCCCGUCGCCGUCGCGCGCCCAGCAGCCGAGCCGAGCCGCCGUGCGUCCGCGUCUCCCUUGCGCGACUCCGCGUGCCUCCUCCUCCGCCUCCUCACCCCGUGCAACUACCAGCGCGCUUCCUUCUACCCGUGCACUACCGGCGUGACCGCGCGUGUGCCUCCUCCUCCUCCUCCACCUCUUUCUCCUAGCCGUGUACCCGGCGUGCCUCCGUGCGUCUCCGCGUUACCCGCGUGCGUUCGUGCGUCCGUGCAGUUACUCGCGCACUGGAGCGUCUUUGCUUUACCCGCGUGCCCGUGUAAGCCCCGUGUAGCCGCGAUCGUGUACCCUCCGUGUGCCCUCCGUGUACCCUCGUGUACCCUCCGUGUGCCGUCCGUGCGCGCACGAGCGGACGUCGCAGUGCGCGCAUCCCCGACCGCUCCUCCGCAGCGUUCGACGCGUCCUCCUCCUUGUCCUCUUCGUCCUCCUCCUCCUCGUCGGCCUCGCGUCCUCUUCAAUUUCUGCUCGCCCGUCUUCGUCUAUUUCUCAUCAUCAUCAUCACCGUCACCACCGUCACCACCGUCGUCGUCAUCGCCGUCAUCAGCGGCACCCAUCUCUGCGUGAAGGCAGCAUCGCGUGGCGCACGUUCUCUGUACCCUCGUCCUCCAUUUGGUCCUUCUGGGGUUUUCUUCUUUCUUAAAUUAUCUUCAUCAUUAUCAUCGUCAUCGUAAUUAUCAAGCACCUCGUCAACGUCACCUCAUCGCCACCUCCUCCCAGGUUGACCUCGAGCAGAGAGCAUCGCUUAACGUCGAGCGCAAGAAAAUAGCGCCGGCCAUUUAAACGCAAGUCACCAUUACAACAACAACCACCACCACCAUCACCGCUACAUCCAUCACUGCAAUCAAACCCAGCUAACAACGCGAACAUCGCAAAGACCACCACCACUGUUACCAUCGCAUACUCCACCAACACUCAAGCCGAGCUCACCACCACCACCACCACAACAACCACAACCCGGACACCAUCUCCAUCACGGCAACACCACCGUCAUUGCCACCGCAACGCGACCACCACAACCUCCGCCACCACGACAACUACCACUACCGCCACAUCCACCCGAACACCGCCGCUAUUACCACUACGAUCACCCUGACACCACGGCUACUACCUUUGUUGAAACAGCGCUACCACAACCACCUUAACCCGGACGUAACCUACACCUUCACUCAAAUACCAACACCACCACUACAACCGCUACCAACACACCGCCAAUAUCAUCUUCACCACCGCCAUCCUUACAGCCCCACUGCCUUCCCCAUAACCUCACCACCACCACUAUCAACUUCACCAUCUUCACGCGACCACCUCGAUUAAUACCAACAUCACUCUACCACCGUUAAUUCACCACCACCACCACUGUCUUCAGCACCUUGACACCACUACCCUACCACUCUACCACCACCACCACAAUCAUCUUCAGCACCUUGACACCACUACCCUACCACUCGACCACCACCACAAUCAUCUUCACCACCUUGACACCACUACCCUACCACUCUACCACCACCACAAUCAUCUUCACCACCUUGACACCACUACCCUACCACUCUACCACCACCACCACAAUCAUCUUCAGCACCUUGACACCACUACCCUACCACUCGACCACCACCACAAUCAUCUUCAGCACAUCCUUCACUUUACCACCACCUUGACACCACUACCCUACCACUCGACCACCACCACAAUCAUCUUCACCACCUUGACACCACUACCCUACCACUCUACCACCACCACCACAAUCAUCUUCAGCACCUUGACACCACUACCCUACCACUCUACCACCACCACAAUCAUCUUCAGCACAUCCUUCACUUUACCACCACCUUGAAACCACUACCCUACCACUCUACCACCACCAUCACAAUCAUCUUCACCACCUUGACACCACUACCCUACCACUCUACCACCACCACCACAAUCAUCUUCAGCACCUUGACACCACUACCCUACCACUCUACCACCACCACAAUCAUCUUCAGCACAUCCUUCACUUUACCACCACCUUGACACCACUACCAUACCACUCUACCACCACCAUCACAAUCAUCUUCACCACCUUGACACCACUACCCUACCACUCUACCACCACCACCACAAUCAUCUUCAGCACCUUGACACCACUACCCUACCACUCUACCACCACCACAAUCAUCUUCAGCACAUCCUUCACUUUACCACCACCUUGACACCACUACCAUACCACUCUACCACCACCAUCACAAUCAUCUUCACCACCUUGACACCACUACCCUACCACUCUACCACCACCACCACAAUCAUCUUCAGCACCUUGACACCACUACCCUACCACUCUACCACCAGCACCACCACCAGCACCACCAUGUCGGUGUUCCGAGGCCACGUGACCCACGCGGCCACGAGCGCGCGCCACAAGGCGGAGUCCCGCGUGAGCGGCCUCCUGGCCCGCCUCGGGGUGCAGGCCACGGCCGGCGAAGAGUCCGUGGGCUUCGCGUCGUGCGACUCGCUGGACCGCGACCACCGGCACGGCCUCGCCAUGGACGAGCUGGGAGGAGGAGGAGGAGGGGACGACAACCAAGACGGCGGCUCCCCGUGCGCCGAGGGCGACGUCCGCUACCAGAGGGGCGGCGGUGGGGGCGCCGGCCCCCCGCGGAGGGGCCCCAUGAGCAGGGCCUCCUCGACCGUCAGCCUCGGGGCAGACGGGGGCCCUCGUAUCACGGCGUGGGACGCGGGGUGGAACGUGACCAAUGCGAUUCAGGGGAUGUUCGUGCUGGGUCUGCCCUACGCCGUGCUGCACGGGGGGUAUCUUGGCCUCUUCCUCAUCAUCCUGGCAGCCGCCGUGUGCUGCUACACGGGCAAGGUGCUGGUGGCGUGCCUGUACGAGGAGGACGAGGACGGCACGCUGGUGCGCGUGCGCGGCUCCUACGUCGAGGUGGCGGACGCCUGCUGCGCCCCGCGCUUCCCGCGCCUGGGCGGCCACGUGGUGAACGGCGCGCAGCUCAUCGAGCUCGUCAUGACGUGCGUCCUCUACGUGGUGGUCAGCGGCAACCUCAUGGUCAACAGCUUCCCCGCGCUCGGCGUCUCGCAGAAGGCCUGGUGCGUGCUCGCCACGGCGGCACUGCUGCCCUGCGCCUUCCUGCGCAGCCUCAAGGCCGUGUCGCGCUUCAGCAUGCUGUGCUCGGCGGCGCACGCGCUCAUCACGCUGCUUGUCAUGGGCUACUGCCUGAGCAGGGCUCGCGACUGGGCGUGGGACAAGAUGAAGUUCUACGUGGACGUCAAGACGUUCCCCGUGUCCGUGGGCAUCAUCGUGUUCAGCUACACGUCGCAGAUCUUCCUGCCGUCGCUCGAGGGCAACAUGAGGGACCGCUCGCAGUUCGGCCCCAUGAUGGACUGGUCGCACAUCGCCGCGUGCGCCUGCAAGGGCAUCUUCGCCCUCGUCGCCUACCUCACCUGGGCCGACGACACCAAGGAGGUGAUCACCGACAAUCUUCCGCCCACUUUCCGGGCCGUCGUCAACAUCUUCCUGGUGGCCAAGGCGCUGCUCUCGUACCCGCUGCCGUUUUUCGCCGCCGUCGAAGUCCUGGAGACACUGUUCUCCAAGGCUCCCCCCGCGGCCGCCGUCGGCGAGGCAGCUGCGACGCCAUCGACGGCGCCGCCGCCGCCGCCGCCGUCGAGUCCGCCGCUCACGCCGUCGGAAGGCUCGCGACUCACCGCCGCCUCCUUCGCCGGCGAGAAGGCCGCGGAGGAAGCCGACGGCGCGGCCGCCUCGGUCGAGGUCCCCGCGGCGGCCGGGCCUCGCGCCGGGCAGCAGGGCCCGUCGUGGACCCUCGGAGCGGGCCCAGCGCACCUGCAGGCCUGGACCCUGGGCAUGCGCUGCGCCCUGGUGGUGCUGACUCUGCUCAUGGCCGUGUUCAUCCCGCACUUCGCCCUCCUCAUGGGCCUGACGGGCAGCCUCACGGGAGCGUCGCUCUCCUUCCUGCUGCCCUGCAUGUUCCACGUGCGCCUGCUGUGGCGCAAGCUCAAGUGGCACCACGUGCUGUUCGACGCCACCAUCUUCGUGGUGGGCGUCGUCGUGAGCAUCUCGGGGAUGGUGCACUCGCUGCAGGGCCUCGCCGAGGCCUUCCGCACGGGCCGCGAAGACUGACGAGGCGCGCGCGAUCAGCCGCAACGCGCGCAAUCAGCCGCAAUGCGCGCAAUCAGCCCCAAUGCGCGCAAUCAACCGCACGCGUUCAGCCAAGCACACGUGCAACAAACACCAACAUGAACACCUACACCGCACGGACAACUACACAUACACCUACACGAACAUGGACACUUACACCGCACGAACACCUACACGAACAUGGACACAUACACUGCACCACACAAACACCUACACCGCACAAACACCUACACCUACACGAACACGAACAUGGACACAUACACUGCACGAAUACCUAAACAAACAUGAACACCCACACCGCACAAACAUGAACACCUACACGAACAUGAACACACUACACGCAUGGGCAAUGACCACAGUACAUGCAAACACACACACACGCACGACACCUUACACGACACUCACAAACACACACACACACGUGCGGCAUACAACGACGACAAGAACAGCAACAACACAAGCCGCCAUUCUCCAAUCAAGUGACUGUGACGUCACAACAGAGCUCGUGCCAGGAGGCCAGGUUUCACUUUCAGAGCACGCACAAAGUAGCACACUCACACAAACGUCCACGCGCACACACGUGCACGCGCACACGUGUACACUGACACACUCGCACGGGUAUUAUACACGCACACAAACACGUAAGCACACUUGAGCCCCAUCCAAAACCCACACUUGCAGUAUGCGGACACAUGGCGCACACGUGACUGGAUACACAUUCACGCACGAACACGCGCGCACACUCUCGCUCGCCAGACGCACGAAAUUCAAACAACAGCGAACAAAGGUGGGGGGUGGCUCAGGCUAAUAUAAGGUGUGCACGCAUGGCUGUGGUCUGACUGGUUACCGGAGUUGAAAGGUAGUAAGGGCGGGUGCGAGGGUAAUGCUUGGCGAGUGGGGUUAGCAGUAAGAAUAUUGCCCAGCGGCUCAUUGACUAGGGACAGGAAGAGGACUACCCAUGAAGGAUGGAACCACGUGCCAAGGUUGGUCCAAGGUUGGCCCAACGUUGGCCCAACGUUGAACCAACGUUGGCCCAACGUUGAACCAACGUUGGGCCAACGGUUCCAACCAAGAUGCCAUCGUUGGCCCAACCGACACGUUGACACGUUGACUGGGUAGGCAGCGGCUGGGUUGCCUCUCCUAGUUAGGGAUUUGACCGGUGGCCUCACUGGGAAGUGCGGCUCGGAGUUCAAGUUCAUGUAUUAGGUAUAGCCCCGUGAGCCAUUCGGCUCUUGAAUCGGGUGCAACCGCAACAAACAAAAAACAAAAGCAUGAACAAGAAAACAUCUUAAAGUGAAUAUGUGCAUGGUGGGGGGGGGGGGGGGGGUCUGUCUCGUGCUGUCAGGUCCGUGCUAUUCGUCGCAAGGCCCGUGGGGGCCCACUGGUGGUCCCUGGUGGCCUUCAGUGCGGCCCCUUCAUGUGCGACAAGACACAGAAUGUGAACGCAGCCCCCCCCCCCCCCCAUGGUGCUGUCACACCUCCAAUGGUUUCAAAUGAUGAUGUCUUAUCAGCGAAAGUGCCCCGCUCUGAAAAUGAGUGAAGAUCACUGAGUUUGGGGCAACAGCCGAUGCUAAUUGGUUGUUGAUUUGGUUGGUCAGCGUGUUCAAUUGGUUAAGGCGAGUGCUGGCGUGACCCCAUUGGCUCGCGUGGUUAUCGAGGUCGGGCUUACGGCCUGCGCUGGCCUUCCCCGGUGACCAUUCGAACGUUGGGUCGACGUUGGAUAAUGAUUUGGUGAUGCUGUGUUGGCAGUGGUGCACGAGCACAAACAACAACAACACAACAACAACAACAAAACGCAACACAUUCGUCAAUUAACACUGUGGCCUUAAACGAGGGAAAAAUACAUCUAAAAAAACAGACGACGUUUCGGGAAAUGCCCCUUUUCGUCACAAGAAAUUUUUAAAAAGGACAAUUGCCCAAAAACGUCGCCAAUAUUUCCCCGUUCGUGGCCACACGGCGUAGUCGUUGUUGACGAAUGUGAUUCUGUCGCACAUAGACACCGCAGCGUUCAACCUCCGAGCUUCAGACACGAACCCACACCACGGAGAUACACGUGGCAUUGCUGUGCAUGCAGUAUACAGCAUGCUGUGUGUGUGUGUGUAUAUAGAUACUGGCAGUACUCGUCGGCGCGUCUGGGUUGCUUGGGACGCUGUAGACGCCAGGAAAUGAAAUGCCAGGAAUGAAACUCGGACAAAAUCUGACAGAGUGAUGGGAGGUGACAUGCGGAGCAAACGAACCGAUCACGAACCCUAUCACCAAUCAACUACCCACCACCCCCCACCCCAACUAAUUAGCCAACCAAUCGCGAGCCCUAUCCCGAAUCUAUCACCAAUUAACUCGCUACCAAUCCCUCACUAAUUAGCCAACCAAUCACGAGCGCUAUCCCAACCCUAUAUCACCAAUCAACUAGCUAACCCUCCCUCACCAACUAACAAUUUUUAGCACCGCACGAAUAACAAACAAAAACCCAACACGCUAGACGAUAACGCCGCCUUAAAAUAACACAAAUAUUACAACCGGCGACGUUUCGGGCAAUGGCCCUUCUUCACAGCACAUCAGCACAGUACCAGCUGUGUCACACCGACUCUGGCUUGACACGUGGCCAAUCAAACGCUCACCCUGGCCCCUCACCAACCAGCCACUCGCACAUGAGGAAUUGGAGCCCGAUCACGGACUGCAACCCAAAUCCUUCAUUCUAAAUAUUGUAACGAGAGCCAAUCAGCGACGAGAACAAGGCUUGGCCCUAACCCCCUGACCUGCAGCGUUUGGCAAGGCCCCCCCCCCCUUUAUCAUUUUUCGUUCGCUGUUCUAUUGUUGGUGUUCACAGCCCCCCCCCUCUCCGUCACCUCGCCUCCUCCCUCGUCACGUUGCAGUGGUCGUGAGAUAAUGGAGUUCGUAACGAGUGCUCGUGGUCCCUUCAUCAACAACCAUCGGCAAAUCCGCCGGCUCCUCGCCGAUGACAAAGACCCAUCCCCCACCCACAUACAUACCCCCCAGGUAUAAAGAUCGCCAGUCACGGACUGAUCGCCAGUCAAGUGACUGACUCACUGACCAACGACGACCUCACAGGGCCAACUCGUGAAGGCACCAACAGCUUACGGCAACUUGACUUCAAGUUCAAGUUUCAUUGAUUAGGUUUUUGCCCUCUUAUUGGUUCUUUCGGUAAAGUCACGUGUCAAAUGGACGGCCGCUUGCGUUGUGGCCGAAACGUCGUGAGAAUUAUUUUAUUAUGUUUUAUUUGUUUUAUUAUUUUAUUAUUUCCAUUCCACGUGACUUUACCGAAAGAACCAAGAAGAUGAAUCCCUGCAGUCACGAAAGAAGCUUUAAAUCGAGGUUUUGCCCUGUGAGCCAUUUGGCUCUUGAGCGUCCGUCCAAGUCGGUCACGGGGCGAUUGUGUUCGUCACGGGAUGUCGGUCACGCCCGUGACCGUCACGGGACAGUGGUUAGUCGCGGUGCCGCACGCGGGCACGGUGACCGACUUGUCAGCAUUCACAUCGCAGGCCCCCAGUCACGAGCUGACUUGUCACGGGGCCGACAGUCACGGCGAGGGUUCGCGUGCUGCGCGCUUGUGUUUUGCAACAGCUUACUUGGUGUGAAUAUGGGUGUUCUGCUUGUAUAGCUGAGCGCGCGUGUGCAUGUAUAUUGUGCACGUGUAGUGUAGGUGUGUGUGUGUGUAGGUCUGAGUGCACGCGUGUGUAGUGUCGGUGUGUGUGUGUAGUGUAGGUGUGUGUGUAGGUGUGAGUGCACGUGUGUGUGUGCAUGUAUACUGUGCACGUGUGUGUAGUGUGUGUGUGUGAGUUUACGCGUGUGUGUGUGCGCAUGUAUACUGUUCACGUGUGUGUAGUGUCGGUGUGUGUGUGUAGGUGUGAGUGCACGUGUGUGUAGUAUAGGUGUGUGUGUCGGUGUGUGUGUGUAGUGUAGGUGUGUGUGUAGGUGUGAAUGCACGUGUGUGUAGUGUAGGUGUGUGUGUGUAGGUGUGAGUGCACGUGUGUGUGUAGGUGUGUGUGUGUGUGGCGGGGUGAGAAGUGGAGCAGUGGUUUGCACACUGCACUACGAACCCGGCAACCUAGGUUCGACUCCGAGCCACGGCUAACAUCAGUGGCACGCAAGGAUUAUCUGAAACCUGCCCUGGAUAUCUCACUGCCCCCUUCCCUCCCUCCUCCUAGGUCGACUCAGCCUUAAAUGAGUACCUGCUGCGGUGUGUAAAAAAAAUCAGCUCCAGGAAGACAAAGGCGGCCUGGUUUGGUGUUUGUAAUGCCGCCCUUAAUAGGUGCUCGCUAACAGCACUUGCCCCACCCAGUAUACAUGGCUACGUGGGGGACCUUUGUGUAUUGUGUGUGCAUGUAACAGUGCGUGUGUGUGCGUGUCGUGGUGUCGUAAUGGUACGAACCCACGGUUCAAUUUCCGACCGUGAUGAACAUCAUCAUCAUCACCACCACCAGUGAGUGCCACAAUCGGUAUCCGAGCCCGGCUUGAACCUUCUCUGGAUCGACUCGGCAGAAAUGGUUGGGUAACCCAGUUGCUGCGUUAGUCAUUAACAUGAUCAAUUGCUGUUCUGUUGGGUCUUUCGGUAAAGUCACGUAGAUUGGUUCAAAUUAAUAACAAAUAAACAAAAAACUACGACGAUUCUGAUGACGAUCGCUUAUGUUGUGAUCGAAACGUCGUCGCUUUAUUUUAUUUGUAUUAAUUUGAACCUAUCUCGUGACUUUACCGAAAGACCCAGAGAAUAUAAAUUCAUGCAGUCCCGAAAGCUUUAAGUCAGGAAUUAUCAAUUGUGUUUUGUUGGAUCGAGGCGGGCGUGCGUGUGCGAGAUGCAGAGGUCGCAAACGGGUUUUGAUUCCUUACCCGUACCCGGCCGCACCAGGGUGGCAAAUGGGUACCCGGGUAGUGGUACGCUACCCGUACCCGUGCCCUACCCGAAAUGAGUGACAAACGGUUACUCAUCAGUGACUCACGGCCUACCCGUACCCGUACCCGACCGCACCAGGGUCGCAAACGGGUACCCUACCCGGCCGGGUACGGGUAGCCGGGUAUCGGGUAGGGUACGGGUAUCGGGUAUCCGGUUGCGACCUCUGGCGAGAUGCCGAUCAGUGGGGAGCGGUGGUGCAGUGGUUAGCGCGCUGCAAUACAAACCCGGCGACCCGAGUUCCAAUUUCUGGCUUCACGAUCGUCACAUCAGUGACGAUUAUCUAAACCGGUCCCGGGCCUCCCCUCGGUCGACUCAGCCUCAAAUGAAAUCCUUAUGUAUAAAUAUCACCAUUGGGAAGACAAAGGCGGUCGGGCGUGGUGUCGGCCACCCCACCCCCCCUCCCUCGUGUGACGUUACGCCCUUCACAGGUGCUCGCUAACAGCACUUGCCCCAACAGCCUGUAAAGGCUAUAGAGGGGAUCUUUGUCUUUUGUAUGAGUGUAGUGCAUGUAUAUAUGUUGUGUGUGUCUUUGUGUUAUUCAACGGAUUUCUUUAUUGUAUUGGUGUCCGUGUACGUGUGGGGAGCGGUGGUGCAGUGGUUGGCGCGCUGCGCUACCAACUCGGUCACCCGAGUUCGAUUCCAGCUCAUGGCCAACAAUAGUGACGAUUAAUCUGAACCGGUCCUGGGCCUCCCCUAGGGCGACUCAACCUCAAAUGAGUUUCAUUGGGGAGACAAAGGCGGCCUCACAUGGUUCUGACCAUACCAACUCGUGUGCCGUGCCAGCCUUCAUAGGUGCUCGCUAACAGCACUUGCCCCAACAGUCUGUUAAGGCUAUACAGGGGGUCUUUGUCUCUGUUAUAGCUGUGUAUGUAUACAGUAUAGUACAUACACCGUUAUUAUUCAAUAUUAUAUUGCUUAAUAUUUAUUUUAAUAUCACCACAGUAUAUAUAUCACUAGCGUAUAUUUUUCUUAUAAUUCUCAAAUAGUAUUAUUGGAUUAUGAUUGCACAACAGUAUUAUAGUAACAGCCUGAUCAUUAACAGCUGUUACUAACCAUAAUCAUUUAUGUUAAUUUCCGACGUUAAUUAUAAUUUAUGCACAUUUUAAGUCGUUUUUUAAUUCAUCGCAAUUUAAAGUGAUCAAUUUUAGUAUACAGUAUAUUUUAAAUAAUGACUGCUCGAUUAUUGAAAUCGUUUCCGAUGCUCGACCAGUUCAUUCGAUCAGAUGGGUUGGAGGUUUUCGACCGAAUAAUUUCCUACAGCGACGAACGCAGCCGUCGAUAGAAAUCGAACCACUCCACGUGGCUCGGAGGAUUUUGAUUUAAGUCACCAGGUCAGGUCCCUCUGAGCUGUGCAGAUCUUUUUCGGAAGCGACCGGCCGCAUGUGAUUGCUCAAGGAAGUUGGGUUAUCAUCACUUGGACAUUUAUAGCAGCCAAAUAGUCGAAACGCGUGAUGUUGAUUCUAAAUGUGGAGGGAAAACCGGAGGAUCCGGAGAUAAAAUCAACGCGACCACAUGGAGAGAGACACCGCAGACUCCAAAUAUACAGGAGCAGGCGUCAGGGUCGGGAUCGAACCCACGACCUCCUGCAUACCAGGCGAGGUAGUUAACAUCUCAUAGCCACCGUGAUGAUGAUGAGAGAAGAGAGACGCACUCCAAAUAUACAGCAGCAGGCGUCAGGGUCGGGAUCGAACCCACGGCCUCCUGCGUACGAGGCGAGGUAGUUAACAUCUCCUAGCCACCGUGAUGAUGAUGAUGAGAGAAGAGAGACGCACACCAAAUAUACAGCAGCAGGCGUUAGGGUCGGGAUCGAACCCACGGCCUCCUGCAUACCAGGCGAGGUAGUUAACAUCUCGCCACCACAGUGGUCUGUAGUCAACAUCAUGCCCCGAUUUAAGACACGUGUUCUACUCUGAACUAUGAAUAACAUUGACAGCGUUGGAUGUUGCAUUGCCGCUUGACGUUUUGCGGCUUUGGAUUUCAGAAAGAACAAAAAACGCGCCACGUACACAUCGAUUAUAGCUUUUAUUCAAAUCGCUAUAUUCAUAUCACGUGUUUACGUUUCGUUUCUAUGUAGCGGGUAGCGCGCUGCGCUACGAACGCGGUAUCCCGAGUUCAAUUCCCGCUCACGGCCAACACCAGUGACGAAUAUCUGAACCGGUCCUGCGCCUCCCCUAGGUCGACUCAGCCUCAAAUGAGUACCUGGUGCGGUGUGUAAACAUCGUCACUGGUGGUGGCCAUCCAUCUCCUCGUGUGCCGUGCCAGCCUUCGUAGGUGCUCGCUAACAGCACUUGCCCCAACAUUCUGUUAAGGCUGUACGGGGGAUCGUUGUUUUUGAUGAUGUGUAGCGAAUAAUCGACUCCUGAAAUCAAUACUUAUUUUGGAUGAAUGUCAAUUGUGUCCACGCUAAAAAAACUUCAGAGGCUUUUGACUAAUUACAUUUUAAAUACUUAUUACCAGGACAGGACAAAUACGACUGAAAAUUAUGAUAGUGGUAGUGGUAACGACGAUGGUGGUGGUGAUGAUGAUAGGAGUGAUGCUCAUGGUGGUGAUGGUGAAUAUGAUGGUGAUAAUGAUGGCUGUGAUAAGAUGAUAAUGAUUAUGGUGGUGAUGGGGGUCAUGGUGGCAAUGAUAGUGAGGAGGAGGAUGAUAAUGAUGGUGAUGAUGGUGAAUAUGAUGGCGAGGAUGAUAAUCAUGGUGAUGAUGGUGGUAAUGAUGGUGAUGGUGAAGUUUUACGUGGACGAUAGUGAUCGGAAGAUGGUGGUAAUGACGGUGAUGAUGGUUUGAAGGCGCUUUCUCCAUCCUCUCUGUGUUGUCAGGACCACAUUUUCCGUCAUUUGCGGUCACGGAUAAAAUCGUUGAUGUUGAUGUUGUUAAUGAUUCGUUUGAUUAUGUUAAUGAUGAUGAUGUUCAUGAUGAACACGCCCCCCCCCUCUAUACCCCCAGCCCCCACCCCCUGCUUGUUCACGUGACCACGGUCGCGACAAUAAACACCCCCCCAAGAAGCGUG